AAUUGAUUGACACGUCCUUAUAUUGCGAAAACCCAUGUUGAUCACCGCGAUCGGAAGUGGAUAUGGCGGCGAGUUGAGUUGGUUCAAAAGUGUAACGAGCCUUUUCAGGCUUCUAGCAGCGCUUAAUUCCCAGGAACAUGGCCAAGUGGGAUUCUAAAAACCUAGAAAUUAGAAGCAAAUCUGUCGAACAAACGCUGGUACCGCUUGUAACACAGAUAACCACGCUUGUUAACCACAAAGAGCAAGGACGCCGCUCCGAAAGGGCUCUGAAAGCAAUUCAAGAAAUUGGAAAAGUUGUAGCAUAUGCUGUCGAACGCUUUGUGAGUGUCGGCGAACAGAUUGCACUGGAAAAUGAAGACGUUGCAGAUGAAAUGCGCGAAGCUUGUGAAGAAGCAAAAAAGUCAGGACAAACAAUUUUUAAUCUUACAAGUUCUGCUGGAGAUUCUUUUGAUGAUGGCGUUCCGAACUCGACCGAUAAAAGCGGAAUGGUCCGAGCUGCACGAUCACUGUUAUCGGCUGUGACUCGGGUUUUGAUUAUUGCGGAUUCCAUUGUUGUGAAGAGACUUCUAACAGCAGUUAAAAAGGUGGAUGAUAGACUGAAGGAGCUUGAAGGUGUGAACACAUUCACAGACUUUGUUCAGGCAUUUAGCCAGUUUGGAUCAGAUAUGGUAGAACUAGCACACUUGUCAGGGGAUAGACAAAAUGAUUUAAAAGAUGAUAUUUUAAAAGCUGAAAUGGGGGCAGCAAGGUCAAUCUUGGAAAAGUCCACAAUGAUGCUAUUGACAACUUCGAAGACUUGCCUGAGGCACCCAGAUUCUAGAUCUGCCAAGGGCAACAGAGAAGGUGUUUUCAAGAAAAUGAGAGAAGCUAUGGCGACAAUAACGUCAGUAGUGCAAGAUGAACACAAAGAGGAGAUGGCAGAAAAAGGCUCCUUGGCCAUGGAUCUUGCAGAAUUUGAAACCACUUUAGAGGCAUAUAAGCAAAGCUCUCCUGAUGACAGUGAAUCCAAGAUUAAAUUUCAAAAGGCUUUUGCCAAGAUCCUGGAUGAUGUACAAUCUGUGAUCGCCUCUCCUCAUACAAGGAAAGAAAAAAGAGAAAAAAUAGUUGCUCUGUGUGAAAAUGCUCAGGACAUUAUGAAAGACAUUUUAGAAAAGCACAAAAACAAUGAGAAAGAAGAUGCAACCAGUAUUGACACUUUAGAUAUGGCUGUGCAGAGGAUUUGCAAAACCUCAAAAGAUCUCAGACAUGAGGUCCACCAAGUAGCAACAGAUCAAGUAUUUGAGACAUUUUCACAUUUAGGCCACAAAAAAUCUUUACCUGCUUUGAGAAAUGCAGCAGCCUCUGGCAGUUCAGGUCAGCUUGAGAGUUUAGCAAACGUUUUCAUGCAAGAUGCAAAGCGGCUACAAGAAGUGUCAAGAGUAACAAGAAACAUGGCAUCCAAUAAGCCAGUUGCUAUCACAGCAGAAAAAGUUGAAGAAAAUAUCAACACACUUUGUCCACAGGUAAUACAUGCUGCUAGAACGUUGGCAGCUCAUCCUGUUAGCAAGAUUGCACAAGAGAAUAUGGAAGUGUUUGUUGAUGUUUGGGAAGCCCAGGUAGAAGAGCUUGGAAAGGUCCUGAGACUUAUCACUGCUGGGGGAGACCCAAGUAAAAGCAUUGUACCAGAAGAAGAAGCACAGAGGAAACCAAGUGAAUCUCGUGUAGACCAAAUUUUGCAAAAAUCUUCAAGUCGACGAAGUAGCUGUGCUUCUUCAGAAGACAAUGAGAAACCUGAAAAAGCAGUAGUUGAUUCUCAGGAACAAGAAAAGCUUGGCAAGCUGAUCACAAAUGUGAACCUGAUGACCUCACAGCUUGAGCUCCAUUACUUUGAAGACACAGAUAAUGAUAUUGUAAUUAGAGCAAGAGAAAUGUCCGAGAUGGUCAGUGAAAUGUAUCUCUUUACACGGGGAGAAGGAUCUCUUCAAACCACAGAGGAUUUAUUUGAAGCUUCCCAAAAUUUUGCAGAUGCAGGCAACGCACUGUAUAGAGUUGCAAGAAAAUAUGCCUCAAAGGCAGAAGAAAAUCCCAUGAAAAAAGAGCUGUUAAGAUGCGUAGACAAAAUCCCAGCAUAUUGUCAUCAACUCAUGUUUACAAGCAGAUCAUUAGCAGUUGGACAAUCAGCUUGUUGUAGAAAGGUGAGUGAUGUCAAAUCAGUAAAUUGAAAAAAAGAUUUCCAA